AUCAUGUUGGGAGAGAAAAGUCAAAGCAAGAGGGAAGAAUGAUGGGAGAGAUUAAAAAAACAAAAAAAGAAGUGAAAUGGUACGUGCUGAUUUACAUUCAGUCUCGUUAGAUCCUUCUCUGGAUGCGGAUGGUGGUUUCCAUCCAAAGUCCCUUGGGAUUGCCUUGGAUCACCGAACCGCUGAGAAGAACCGAGUCUUUCCUAGUCAAUCAUGGCACAUCCUGGCCGUUCCUGUGAACAGAGCAUCCUGGUUCUGCUUGUUUCGCUCAGUCCAUGUAAAUCUCUCCAGGCCUUUCUAAAAUCAGCUUGUUCGUCAUUUUUUAUAGAACAUUAAUAUCCUGUUACCUUCAUGUGCCACAGCUUGUUCAGCCACUCCCCAACUGAUGGGCAUCCACUCCUUUUCCAUUUCUUUGCCACUACAGACGGGGCUGCCACAAACAGUUUUUGCACAGGUGGGUCCCUUUCCCUCCUUUAAGAUCUCUUUGGGGUGUAAGCCCAGUAGAAACACUGCUGGGUCAAGGGUGUGCAGUCUGACGGCCUUUUGGGCAGAGUUCCAUACUGUUCUCCAGAGUGGUUGCAUCCGCUCACAACUCCACCAACAAUGCAUCAGUGGCCCAGUUUUCCCCUCCAACAUUUAUCACUGUCUUUCCCUCGGCCAGUCUGAGACUCCACGUAAAUAUUGAGAGCAGCUGUUUCCAUGGCAACAAAGAAUCGGACCCUGAUGUGCAUCAGUUGGGGGCUGGCUUAGAAAGACAAAGGGGGAACAGGUGACCGAGUAUGGUUCCAGAGGACCGGGCCCAGCACGCGCCGCUCACAGACAGGGAGCCGAGGGGUUCGGGGCGCGGCGAGUGCAGGACUCUGCUUGCCUGCCUGUCUCUGUAAUGAUUUUUGUUCUUGCUUUCUCGGCGGGCGGGCAGGAGAGAGUUCAGAGCCGAAACUAAAAUCGAACCAAAAAAACAAUGACUUAGGGCAGUGUGGUUUGGGAAGACUUCCUGGAGGAGGAAGUGGUGCUUGAGCAGGCCCUUGGAGGAUGGGACAGCCCGCUACUCAGUUCAUUUUCAUUUUGAGUGUGACUUCCUUUUUUGUUUGUGAUCAAUGAACAUCCAUUGAUUUUCUCUCCCCGUCUCCUCCCCUGGAAGCCCGCCGCUGUCCCCGGCUCUGAGUUGGCCGGGAGCCUCGCAGCCGAGUCGCCGGCGAUCUGCCCAAUGGAGCGGGGGCAUUAGGAGCCGUGGCCAGCGAGCUCUCCCUCCCCUGCUGGGGGAGGGGAGAAGAAGGCGCAGAGGCGAGGAGGGAGAGACUUAGCCCUCCGUCCGAUGAUGUGUCAGUCCAGCACCUUGCAGGGAGCAGAGCUGCACAAGGGGAAAUGGUUGCAGUUCCCCCAGCUGGCCCUGAGGCGGAGGUUGGGCCAGCUCAGCUGCAUGUCUAGGCCGGCUCUGAAACUCCGCUCCUGGCCUCUCACAAUCCUCUAUUACCUGCUGCCUUUCGGUGCCCUUAAGCCUCUGAGCAGGGUAGGAUGGAGGCCCGUGAGCAGGGUGGCCCUGUACAAGUCUGUGCCCACGCGGCUGCUGUCGCGAGCCUGGGGGCGGCUGAACCAGGUGGAGCUGCCCACCUGGCUGCGGAAGCCUGUGUACAGCCUGUACAUCUGGACCUUCGGGGUGAACAUGAAGGAGGCGGCCGUGGAGGACCUGGACCACUACAGGAACCUGAGCGAGUUCUUCAGCCGCAAGCUGAAGCCGCAGGCCCGGCCCGUGUGCGGCCUGCACAGCGUGAUCAGCCCGUCUGACGGCAAGAUCCUCAACUUCGGCCAAGUUCAGAACUGCGAGGUGGAGCAGGUGAAGGGGGUCACCUACUCCCUGGAGUCCUUCCUGGGCCCGCGGGCCCCCGCGGACGACCUGCCCUUCAGCAGGAACAGGAACGGCAACGGCGGCGGCAACGGCAGCAACAAUGGCGGCGGCAACAGCAGUGGCAACCUUGGCGGCAGUAAUGGCAACGGGGGCCAGGCUGGCACAGCCACGGCGCGCGGCUCCUUCCAGAACCAGCUGGUCACCAAGGAGGGCAACGAGCUCUACCACUGUGUCAUCUACCUGGCCCCCGGCGACUACCACUGCUUCCACUCGCCCACCGACUGGAGGGUGGCCCACCGGCGCCAUUUCCCAGGCUCCCUGAUGUCGGUGAAUCCCGGCGUCGCGCGCUGGAUCAAGGAGCUCUUCUGCCACAACGAGAGGGUGGUCCUGACGGGGGACUGGAAGCACGGCUUCUUCUCCCUCACCGCCGUGGGGGCCACCAACGUGGGCUCCAUCCGCAUCUACUUCGACAGGGACCUCCACACCAACAGCCCCAGGUACAGCAAGGGCUCCUACAAUGACUUCAGCUUCGUCACGCACAGCAACAAGGAGGGCAUCCCCAUGAGGAAGGGGGAGCACCUGGGGGAGUUCAACCUGGGCUCCACCAUCGUCCUCAUCUUCGAGGCCCCCAAGGACUUCAACUUCCACCUGAAGCCGGGCCAGAAGAUCCGCUUUGGGGAGGCCCUGGGCUCCCUCUAGGCCGGCCCCUCCGCCCCAGGCGGAUGCGACCCGGGAGACCCUGUAGGUCCGCGGGAAGGCCGAGGCUUCGGACUGCGCCGGGAGCCGCCCGAGCCCAGCCGUGGGGAGCUCCGGGGGCCUGGCUGCGCGUGGACAGGCUCGGGGCGCCCCCAACUCCAGCCUCUGAGGAGGCAGGGAGGCAGCCUUAGCCCUGCUCUCUGCCCCACGGCCGGGCGGGCCCGGGAGCUCGGGUGGAUUUCUGGGUUCUGCGCCGAUGUCCGGGACCGGCAGUGCUGGGUCUGGCCCGCGUCGGUUCCGUGGGUGACGGUUUUCUUUCGAAGGCGGUCGACGUUUUCAUUCUCUUUCCGUUAGUGACCAUCGUGGGCUGCGGCCCGUGUCUUAGCCUCCUCCCAAUGAAGCCUCCCACAAUCUCCUGGAUCUUUUCAGGCCUUAAUCCCUGCUCCCCCACAUCCUCCGGGAACCCAGAUCUCCCCCUUCCCCCCCCCGGGCCCCGGGAGAGGCUGCUUGCUGGUGCACGGGGUGAGAUGCUUCGGCAUUGACUGUGGACCAAGAGUCAGCUCCUUGAGCCGCCCCUGGGGCCGAUUGUUGUUUGUUUUGUUUCUUUAAAUUUACUUUUUUUGGAAAUGUUGGGGGGGGGGCCAAUCUUCCCUUGCACUGACUCCUGGGAACUUCUCUGUUGCCAACGUUUGUGUGCCUGGGAGACGGGCGGCUGUGCACGAGAACCCCGCCCCGGCCUCUAAAGCAGCGGCCUUCUUGGCCUUAGGACAGCGAAGGGAGGGCGGCCGAACCACGAGCGAGCGGGUGUCCAAGGGAGCCCAGGCGGCCCGGCCAGGAGAACGCGGCCCACCCCAGCGCUUAGUGCAGACGGGCAGGGUUUCUCCAAGCCCACUCGAGUCGGUGGGAGUGACGCCCCCUGCCCCCAGCCGGCGGCUCCGGGGAGCAGCUGUUUGCUACUUGAAAAGGGCCCAGAGGCCACCCUGGGAGUGGGGGGUCAGGAAGGUCGCCGCUCUUGGGGGAAGGGGUGCCGUCACUCUGUACUGGGGAGGGGGCUUGGGGAUGCUGUGAAUUUCUCCUGCCAGGAGAAUCCAUUGACUCUUCCACUGUAUCAGUAGCACAGUAUUUUUGUACGUCAGCCGAGACCGGGGAACAGGCGCUCAUUUAAUUGCAAACAUUUUCCAAUAAAAAAGAUUACAUUGCAAACA